GUGCUGCUGCGCUGCGCGGCUGCUGAUCUGAUCUACGUCAGUGCCGGUCGGUGGGUCCGCUCGGUCUGUUCUUCUGUCUCUGGAUCUGCUGAACUCGCGCUGAUGGAGGCCACGAUGGCUGCGACUCCGGCGACCACCGCCACCCCUAACCCGCUGCCCGGCGGCGACGCGGGGAUCCUGAUCGGGGACCGGGUUUACUCGGAGGUGUUUCUGACCAUCGAUAAUUCCCUGAUCCCGGAGGAGAAGCUCACCCCGACCCCCUCCAUGCUGGACGGCCUGGACCUCCACACCGAGACCGACCUCCGCAUUCUGGGCUGCGAGCUCAUCCAGGCCGCGGGGAUCCUGCUGCGACUGCCGCAGGUUGCCAUGGCGACGGGGCAAGUCCUAUUCCACCGGUUUUUCUACUCCAAGUCGUUUGUGAAGCACAGUUUCGAGAUUGUUGCCAUGGCCUGUAUUAAUCUGGCCUCAAAGAUUGAAGAAGCCCCACGUCGAAUAAGAGAUGUCAUCAACGUUUUUCAUCACUUGAGACAGAUCAGAGGCAAAAGGAGUUCAAGUCCAUUGAUACUUGAUCAGAACUACAUAAACACGAAAAACCAGGUGAUCAAAGCCGAGCGGCGUGUGCUGAAGGAGUUGGGUUUCUGCGUCCAUGUGAAACAUCCCCACAAGAUCAUCGUCAUGUACCUGCAGGUCCUCGAAUGUGAGAAGAAUCAAACUUUGGUCCAGACAGCCUGGAACUACAUGAAUGACAGUCUGCGCACCAAUGUGUUUGUGCGGUUUCAAGCGGAGACCAUCGCCUGUGCCUGUAUAUAUCUCGCCGCCCGAGCUUUACAGUUUCCUCUUCCAUCUCGGCCACACUGGUACCUACUUUUUGGAGCCACAGAGGAGGAGAUCAAAGAUAUCUGUAUUACCACCUUGAAGCUCUACACAAGGAAAAAGCCGAACUAUGAUCAGUUGGAACGCGAGGUUGAGAAGAGGAAGGUGGCUCUGCAGGAAGCUAAGCUGAAAGCUAAGGGGCUGAACCCUGACUGCACACCAGCUCUUUCCACGCUUGGUGGCUUUUCUCCUGGAUCCAAGCCAUCUUCUCCAAUGGUGAAGGCUGAUGAGAAGUCUCCAAACCCUCAGAUUGUGAAGACUGUGAAGAAAGAAGCUGAGGAUCGGUCCCAGGGCUCUAAGAGUCCUCAUAAUGGGCUAAGGAAAGAAAGUAAACUGGGUCGUAACAGUAGAAGUGGGAGCCGAUCUCGUUCCAGAACUCGAUCACGGUCCAGGUCACGCUCUCCAAGACGACAUUACAACAACCGGCGCAGUCGUUCAGGGUCCUACAGCUCCCGCUCCCGUAGCCACUCGCACAGCCGCAGCCCGUCACCGAGGCGGCAUACCAACCACGGCCCCCCCUCCCCUCUCCUGCCGCACCUGAAGUCCAAGCAGCGCUCGGAUGAUAAGGUCCACAGUCGCCACAGCCACAAGAGGAAGCGCUCGCGCUCUGGCAGCAAACCGCGAGGGGAGCGCGAGAGGGAACGGGACAGAGAGAGGGAGCGGGACCGCGCCUCGUCUGACCUGAGCUCCAAAAAGCAUCGGCACGAACGAGGUGGUGGCAGCGGGGGUCACCACAGGGACCGCCGGGAACGGUCACGCUCAUACGAGCGAUCACACAAGAGCAAACACCACAGCAGCAGCCACUCGAGCCACAGCCGCCAUCGACGCUGAGAAACGCAAGCAAAGCUGUCUGAGUGAAUGAAUGCAAGUUCGUCUGGCUAUGUGCGUCGAGCGGGUCAGAGUUUAACGCCAGAUCUGACCACAAUCUCCCUCAUUUUACAUUUUAUUUGUUUUUUUGUUUUGUUUGUUUUUUGGUAAAUCUUUUAGUUCAAAUGUAAAGUGAAGGACUUGAAAUACAUAUUUACAGUGUAAAGAGAUUAAAUGCUGACAUGUUGCAAAGAAUGCUUUGAUUUAUAAAAGCAUCAUUUUGUUGAAGUGUUUGGGGAGGGGGGAAGUGAAUAAUUUAAACAAUUAUUUCAGGAAAGACUUCAAGACUUUGCACGGGUAUAGCUAUAUUUACAGAACGUGUUUCCUCUACAGACAAAGAACACGAUUUCCCAAGGAAUAGACCAUAUUUUUUUACAGCAGGAUGCAGACUUUUUUUCUUCAAUCGUGGUGACUUUGUUACACUGGUUUUAGUCUGCACGUGUUCACGUUGGAUUUUUACUCAAUAAAAGGAAAAACUGACUUAUUCUUACUGUA